AGACCUGUGCUUUCAGCAUCUAUGGCAAACCUUGAGUCAUUUUUUGAUACAUUUGUUCAUGGCGCAGCUGAAACAACAGUCAGUCCAAGAAUUCGUGACACCAUCCUGAAUCUUACUUUAACAGUUCUGGGCCCAAAGUUUUAUCUGUUCAAUGAGGAAGAAUUCAAAUUAUGGUUCCAGGUUUAUCUUCCUCUUUUCCUGCCAAGUGUUGACUCUCAAGCAUUUGAAUUUAUUCCCAGAAAUAUUACCUGCAGCUCUUAUCAGAAAAUUCUCAAAGGGUUCGACAGCAUUUUCAAUCAACUUUCAGAAGAACAAACUCAGCUGGUUUUCAUGUUUGCAUUGGACUAUCUCAGGGGACAGUUCCACACAGGUAUUGCUUGUGUAACAUCUGAUAACAGGCGUUGGCUAGAAGACAACUUUGGCUAUUUCAGAUUUCAAGCCUCCAUCAUGGAUUUUCUGUCUUUAAAGAAUGAUUUCAGAGGAGUGGAAGUUGUGGAUGUUCUCACGAUCAGUCAGUUGAGCCAGCUUGCAACAAUUCCCUCACAGCUAAACGGGAUACAAGAUGUGAGGGAAAUCCUGGGAGCAAUCCAGACAGCUGAUUUUGGUGCUUUCUUUGACACAGUCUCACCAGUGAUUGAGGUCCAGUCAGCCAACUACACACUAGAGGUAAAAUCCUCCUUCCUCCAGACAGUUCUGGAAAGAGGAGUGCUGUCCUUCCCUGCUGUUAGUGAUGAAGAGUUCCUGCAGUGGAUGAGGGUGCGGCUGAGGCCUUUUUUGGUCAAUAUUUCACCUAGUCUGGUAGAACGACUUUUCAGCAUUGGGACAAACAGGAGCUGCAACAGCAGCCAAGAGAUGAUUACAGUGCUUGACAAGGUACAAAUGACGCUUAGCACUGAAACCAAACAACAGAUCUACAACAAUAUAGUCCUCUUCUUUCAAGGCCUGGCAUGGGUAAAGUGUUAUGAAGGUGGAAGCUUCUACCGCUUCAUGAAGAGCAACUUCCUCAACUUUGGUUUUCCUGAUGUGUCAACAUUCAUCUCUUUUCUGCCAUCAACAUGCAAGUCAGAGCUCCUAAAUACCAUCAGCACCUCAGAAAUGCGUCAGUUCCUCAGCCAACCUGAUGUCACCCAGAACACUUCAAACAUCUGUGCCAUCUUUAACAACUACAACAAAACCUCUCUGUUCCUACAAAAUGAGGACGUCCCAGAUGAUGUGAGGAGGAUCAUCCUUCCCUGUGUUUGGCCUUUGGCUCUGAGCAGCAACAAAACAUCUGAGGUUGAUCUGUGGUUUAACGUACGUUUGAGGAACUAUCUGAGGUUCCUCACUAAGGACCUUCUGAACUCCACUGAGGUGCAAAAUGCCUCAUGUCUCUCCUUCCAGAAAAUGGUGUAUAUAAUGGGGAAAUCUUUCACAUACAACAGUUCAGAAUUUGGACAAAAAGAUGUGUACACCGCCAUCAGGAGCUACCUGACAGCAGGUUCUGGAGCCAGAUGCUACGAUCCCAGAGAUCCAGAGCUGAGUUCUACCUCCUGGUUUGUCAGCUACAUUGGCAGCUUUGUUACAUUUAUCACUUUGGAUGAUCUCACCAGCUUUAUCUCCACCUCUCAGCUGGAGAUAUUCCUGGAGGAUUACUCUAACCUGGAACUCUUCAACAACACAGCCAUCUCUAAAUACGUAACAGACUACUACAUCACCCAGCUCUAUGCAUUCAAGCCGAACUUCAGUCUAUUCAAGCUUCCAGGCUCUUUAUUAUGUUCCUCUGACAUCCCAAGCUCAGUAUUUUCCUCUCUUACUGAAUCUGAGACGAUGGUCAUCUUGGAAAAACUGAAGACAUUCUGUAAUGGGACAGAAGAUCCUGAGGUAUCUGCAGCUCUGACAUCCACCAUCAAGACCUUCACAAAGGAAACCUUUGAAGAACUUGGCAACGCCUCUUCAGCACUGACCAAAGAUCAGAUCCUUACAGUGCCAUCUUCUGUGCUGGUUUCCUCUUUGCCCACCCUGGGCUCUGUGAAAAACUGGGGCCAGGACCGGGCCACCACUGUCAUCCAGUCCAUCACCUCCUCAGGAUUUCAGGUCAACAGCGCAGCCUCUCUGGAGUCCCUGGGAACUCUUGUUGUUGGACUUCACUCAGAGUCAAUUCAAAAGAUCUCAGCUUCUGAAAUACUCAGCGCCUCCCAGAGGCCCAACGUCGUUUCCAACAUGCUGGAAGCCUCAAAGGUUGUCCAGGAGACUUUUGUCAGAAAGAUCAUUUCUGUGGACGCAAAUCCAGUUAAAUUGGUGGAGAAUGUCCCUGAUGUCCUAGCAAGUGAGAUCCCAUCUUCACUGCUGGUAUUUUCGGAGAGCACAGUCAACAUCAGCAUGAUGAACAAAAAGACGUGGACUCCAGAUCAGUCCGCCAUGUUUAUUUGGACAUUGGGUGAAUCAGGCUUUGACAUCGAACAGCUUUCGCCGUCUGUGCUGCAAGGCUUCAGUUGUUCAUCGGUUCAGAAAAUGUCUAAAGCCAAAAUCAAGCAGAUGAUUCGUGCCUGUCGACCGAGGAAAGGCAGAGCCAAGGUGGACCUGGAGGAACCUCAACUGACCUGCAUGUACAACCUGAUCCGUGACGACCUCUCUCAGAACUUCACAGAUUAUCCUCCAGACAUGCUUCUCUACUUGGAUAUUCAAGAUGUCCAGAAAGCAAACUGCAGGCCCUACUUUUCUGCCCUGGGUGCCGCAGACUUUUCUGUGGCCUCCAGCAUCUUGAACAAGGGCCCACAGAAGUUCAGGGAAGCUAGAGACUGCUUGGGGAUCAGUGGCGACAGCCUGAGCAGAGACAAUGUGGAGGUCCUGGGGAACAUGGUCUGCACUCUGGAUAGAUCCGACAUUGAGAAUUCAGAUCCUCUCAUCCUGGAAAAUCUCAAAGCCUGCAAAGACCUCUCUGCCAGCCAGGUGGCUGCUAUGGAAACACUGCUGCUGUCUGGGAAAACACAAUACGGAUAUGUAACCAACUGGGACCAGCAAACACUGGAGGAUCUCAAGAUACUUCCCUUUUACUUUACAAGAACCUUCUGGGACCGGUUUACAAUUUCAAUGAAGAGGAAAUUCCUUAAGGGUUUUCUUCCAGACAUAAGGAAACAAAAUCCACACAAGAACAAGCUGAAGUACCUCUUCAAACAGAUCAGCCCAGUUUUAGUAAAACCAGGAGAAGGAUGCACUGAGGGCAACAUCACCCAGGUGACUGUUAGCGACCCGUCUUUCCCCUUUGGCUACAACAUGACGCAGUUCAACCUCUGCCUGGACGUUUCCGUUCUAAAAGAUAACCUCUAUACUAUCUGCCAAAAAGUGGAUGAUGAUGACUUCCAGAAAAUCAUUCUGAAGAAGCUCAACCAGGCAUUCCCAUCUGGAGUUCCUGAUCAGGAAGUACAGAUGCUUGCUUCAGUCUCUCGCUCAGCAACACUUGAUGACAUCUCUAAGUGGAACAUCACUGAACUGGAUACCUUGGCAGCUCUGAUGAAACCUGAAGAUGGAACAUGGGAGACGGCACAGAGCAAAGCAAUCAUCACCAAGUACCUGAAUACCUCUGGAAAUUCACUGGGCAGCAGUGAACUGAACAUUAUUGACUCCAACCUGUGCUCACUGGACACCAGCACGUUACAGACCAUCACAGCAGACAGUAUCAGAAAUACCAAGCGUCUAGAUGUGGCAUCAUGUUCAACUGAGCAGAAGAGAGUCCUCUACGAGAUCAGCAACACCUCCUUCAGCGUCCAUCGUGAUAAUCCGAUUAACUUUUUUAACCUGGUUAAAGGCUAUCUAGGUGGAGCAUCUCUGGUUGAUAUAAUAUCUUUGUCAAAACAAAAUAUAAGCAUGGAUGUGAAAACCUUCAUGAAACUAAACAUCAGUGUUAUAACUGAUUUAACUGUUUCCAACGUCCAGAAACUCAUGGGGGAACAUUUACCGGACCUAAAGUUGUUUGAGAACGACACUGUGAUUCAGAUGUGGGUAAACUUGCAACAACAGUCGGAUCUAGACAGAAUGGGUAUUGGUCUAUCUACCAACAGCACGAUCCCUCCAACUACAAUGCCCACCCAGGAAACUAGUUUAACAAGUACUGGAACUGCAACUGGAACACGUUCUGACACACAAACAAAAACAUCCCUAACCACUUCUGACAUACCAGCACUUACUACCACAUACAGUUCAGCCAUUCAUACUGUAAGCAGCUCAUGGAGGACAACUAACACUGCAACCGAUGCUGGAACAUCAACAGGUAAUUCUGUGGCUACUGUUGGAACAACAACCGUGAGUGCUGAGUCUCCUCCUUUCACAACAAGACCAAAAGUUUCAAGUAGUACUGGAACUUCAACACAAGAUGCUGGAACAAUCACAAUGUUAGAAACAACUGUUGGAACGAGUUCCUUGAUAUCAAACCCUAAACCUGAAACAAGUGCUAGAACUUCAACAGGAGAUGCUUUGGCCAGUGCUAUGACAACAGACUCCGAAAACGGUGUUCUCACAGCAACAACAAACUUAGCAAGUGCUUCAACAUCAUCAUCAACAGGUGGUCCAACUGAUUCUUUGACAUCUCCAGAUUCUGAAACUACAACUAGCACAACAAUGCCUUUUCCUACAACCAGUUCUGGAACAAUGAUGGCAGAAGAUACAACUACUAGUGGGACGUCAACAACUACUGAAGCAACAAGCAGAGAGACACUGACCAGUGUUGAAAUCAGUGUUAGCACUGCAAGAAAGCAUACAUUAGCCAGUACCAGUACAGAACUAUCAAACACUGCAACCAGCCCUGUUACCCCAGAGCCUCCAACUGAAGGCAAGAACAGUACAACAUCAACACCAGAUGCCACAACAACCCCUGAGACAGCAACAGCAGAUGUUUCACUUGGUACAUCAACAAAAAGCCUCACUGACUCUGAAACGCCAACAUUUGCUACCACAACCAAAUCUGUGUCAGCAACAAUUAAUACUGGGAGCAGCUCAUGGAGGACAACUAACACUGCAACAAGUGCUAGAACUUCAACAGGAGAUGCUUUGGCCAGUGCUAUGACAACAGUAGACUCCGAAAACAGUGUUCUCACAGCAACAACAAACUUAGCAAGUGCUGCAACAUCAUCAUCAACAGGUGGUCCAACUGAUUCUUUGACAUCUUCAGAUUCUGAAUCUACCACUAGCACAACAAUGCCUUUUCCUACAACCAGUUCUGGAACAAUGAUGCCAAUAGGUACAACUACGAGUGGGACGUCAACAACAACUGCAGCCACAGGAAGUGAGACUCAGACCACUCUCACAAUCAGUGCUACCACAACAACAAAACAAACUUUAACCAGUUCAGAACUAUCAAACACUGCAACCAGCCCUGUUACCCCAGAGCCUCCAACUGAAGGCAAGAGCAGUACAACAUCAACACCAGAUGCCACAACAACCCCUGAGACAGCAACAGCAGAUGUUUCACUUGGUACAUCAACAAAAAGCCUCACUGACUCUGGAAUGCCAACAUUUGCUACCACAACCAAAUCUGUGUCAGCAACAAUUAAUACUGGGAGCAGCUCAUGGAGGACAACUAACACUGCAACCGAUGCUGGAACAUCAACAGGUAAUUCUGUGGCUACUGUUGGAACAACAACCGUGAGUGCUGAGUCUCCUCCUUUCACAACAAGACCAAAAGUUUCAAGUAGUACUGGAACUUCAACACAAGAUGCUGGAACAAUCACAAUGUUAGAAACAACUGUUGGAACGAGUUCCUUGAUAUCAAACCCUAAACCUGAAACAAGUGCUAGAACUUCAACAGGAGAUGCUUUGGCCAGUGCUAUGACAACAGACUCCGAAAACGGUGUUCUCACAGCAACAACAAACUUAGCAAGUGCUUCAACAUCAUCAUCAACAGGUGGUCCAACUGAUUCUUUGACAUCUCCAGAUUCUGAAACUACAACUAGCACAACAAUGCCUUUUCCUACAACCAGUUCUGGAACAAUGAUGGCAGAAGAUACAACUACUAGUGGGACGUCAACAACUACUGCAGCAACAAGCAGAGAGACACUGACCAGUGUUGAAAUCAGUGUUAGCACUGCAAGAAAGCAUACAUUAGCCACUACCAGUACAGAACUAUCAAACACUGCAACCAGCCCUGUUACCCCAGAGCCUCCAACUGAAGGCAAGAGCAGUACAACAUCAACACCAGAUGCCACAACAACCCCUGAGACAGCAACAGCAGAUGUUUCACUUGGUACAUCAACAAAAAUCCUCACUGACUCUGAAACGCCAACAUUUGCUACCACAACCAAAUCUGUGUCAGCAACAAUUAAUACUGGGAGCAGCUCAUGGAGGACAACUAACACUGCAACAAGUGCUAGAACUUCAACAGGAAAUGCUUUGGCCAGUGCUAUGACAACAGUAGACUCCGAAAACAGUGUUCUCACAGCAACAACAAACUUAGCAAGUGCUGCAACAUCAUCAUCAACAGGUGGUCCAACUGAUUCUUUGACAUCUUCAGAUUCUGAAUCUACCACUAGCACAACAAUGCCUUUUCCUACAACCAGUUCUGGAACAAUGAUGCCAAUAGGUACAACUACGAGUGGGACGUCAACAACAACUGCAGCCACAGGAAGUGAGACUCAGACCACUCUCACAAUCAGUGCUACCACAACAACAAAACAAACUUUAACCAGUUCAGAACUAUCAAACACUGCAACCAGCCCUGUUACCCCAGAGCCUCUAACUGAAGGCAAGAGCAGUACAACAUCAACACCAGAUGCCAAAACAACCUCUGAGACAGCAACGGCAGAUGUUUCACUUGGUACACCAACAAAAAGCCUCACUGACUCUGAAACGCCAACCUUAGGUACCAGUAACAGUCCUGGGUCAGCAUUAUCAUCUCCUGGCACUACUACUGUGACCCAGUCUUCCAACUACACACAGAACCUGACAUUGGCCUUUCUUGAGGCUGUGCUGGAUAAAAAUUUCUCCAUGUCGGCUGUUAGUGAUGAGGAUUUCCUGCUAUGGCUUAGGCUGCAACUCAGACCUUUGCUGGUCAAUCUCUCUCCAGCUAUGGUUAUUCACCUCUUUGGUAUUGUGAAAAACAGGAGCUGCAACAGCAGCCAAGAGAUGAUUUCAGUGCUUGAAACUGUGCAGAUGACACUCAGCGACGAAACCAAGGCAGAGAUCUACAAAAAUAUGAUCCUCUUCCUCCAAGAUCAAACGCCACUAAAGUGUUACAGUGGUGGAAGCUUCUACAUCUUCCUGAAGAACAACUUCCUCAGCUUUGGCUUUCCUGAUGUCCCGUCAUUCAUCUCUCUUCUUCCACCAACACGCAAAUCAGAGCUCCUAAAUACCAUUAGCACCUCAGAACUGCGUCAGUUCCUCAUUCAGCCUGGCGCAAUCAGUAACAGUUCAGGCAUCUGCAUCAUCUUCAGCAACUACAACAACACUCCUUCCUUCCUAGAAAACGAGGACGUCCCAGAUGAUGUGAGGAGGAUCAUCCUUCCCUGUGUUUGGCCUUUGGCUCUGAGCAGCAACAGAAGAUCUGAGGUUGAUCUGUGGUUUAACGUACGUUUGAGGAACUAUCUGAGGUUCCUCACCAAGGAUCUCAUCAGCUUCAACAAAGUGCAGAAUGCCUCGUGUCUCGCCUUCCAAAAACUGGUGUUUUUUAUGGGGAAAAUCUUCACAUACACCAGUUCUGAGUUUGGACAGGAAGAUGUGUACACAACCAUCAGGAGUUUCCUGAGAGUCGGUUCUGGAGCCAGAUGCUACGAUCCCAGAGAUCCAGAGCUGAGUUCUACCUCCUGGUUUGUCAGCUACAUUGGCAGCUUUGUUACAUUUAUCACUUUGGAUGAUCUCACCAGCUUUAUCUCCACCUCUCAGCUGGAGAUAUUCCUGGAGGAUUACUCUAACCUGGAACUCUUCAACAACACAGCCAUCUCUAAAUACGUAACAGACUACUACAUCACCCAGCUCUAUGCAUUCAAGCCGAACUUCAGUCUAUUCAAGCUUCCAGGCUCUUUAUUAUGUUCCUCUGACAUCCCAAGCUCAGUAUUUUCCUCUCUUACUGAAUCUGAGACGAUGGUCAUCUUGGAAAAACUGAAGACAUUCUGUAAUGGGACAGAAGAUCCUGAGGUAUCUGCAGCUCUGACAUCCACCAUCAAGACCUUCACAAAGGAAACCUUUGAAGAACUUGGCAACGCCUCUUCAGCACUGACCAAAGAUCAGAUCCUUACAGUGCCAUCUUCUGUGCUGGUUUCCUCUUUGCCCACCCUGGGCUCUGUGAAAAACUGGGGCCAGGACCGGGCCACCACUGUCAUCCAGUCCAUCACCUCCUCAGGAUUUCAGGUCAACAGCGCAGCCUCUCUGGAGUCCCUGGGAACUCUUGUUGUUGGACUUCACUCAGAGUCAAUUCAAAAGAUCUCAGCUUCUGAAAUACUCAGCGCCUCCCAGAGGCCCAACGUCGUUUCCAACAUGCUGGAAGCCUCAAAGGUUGUCCAGGAGACUUUUGUCAGAAAGAUCAUUUCUGUGGACGCAAAUCCAGUUAAAUUGGUGGAGAAUGUCCCUGAUGUCCUAGCAAGUGAGAUCCCAUCUUCACUGCUGGUAUUUUCGGAGAGCACAGUCAACAUCAGCAUGAUGAACAAAAAGACGUGGACUCCAGAUCAGUCCGCCAUGUUUAUUUGGACAUUGGGUGAAUCAGGCUUUGACAUCGAACAGCUUUCGCCGUCUGUGCUGCAAGGCUUCAGUUGUUCAUCGGUUCAGAAAAUGUCUAAAGCCAAAAUCAAGCAGAUGAUUCGUGCCUGUCGACCGAGGAAAGGCAGAGCCAAGGUGGACCUGGAGGAACCUCAACUGACCUGCAUGUACAACCUGAUCCGUGACGACCUCUCUCAGAACUUCACAGAUUAUCCUCCAGACAUGCUUCUCUACUUGGAUAUUCAAGAUGUCCAGAAAGCAAACUGCAGGCCCUACUUUUCUGCCCUGGGUGCCGCAGACUUUUCUGUGGCCUCCAGCAUCUUGAACAAGGGCCCACAGAAGUUCAGGGAAGCUAGAGACUGCUUGGGGAUCAGUGGCGACAGCCUGAGCAGAGACAAUGUGGAGGUCCUGGGGAACAUGGUCUGCACUCUGGAUAGAUCCGACAUUGAGAAUUCAGAUCCUCUCAUCCUGGAAAAUCUCAAAGCCUGCAAAGACCUCUCUGCCAGCCAGGUGGCUGCUAUGGAAACACUGCUGCUGUCUGGGAAAACACAAUACGGAUAUGUAACCAACUGGGACCAGCAAACACUGGAGGAUCUCAAGAUACUUCCCUUUUACUUUACAAGAACCUUCUGGGACCGGUUUACAAUUUCAAUGAAGAGGAAAUUCCUUAAGGGUUUUCUUCCAGACAUAAGGAAACAAAAUCCACACAAGAACAAGCUGAAGUACCUCUUCAAACAGAUCAGCCCAGUUUUAGUAAAACCAGGAGAAGGAUGCACUGAGGGCAACAUCACCCAGGUGACUGUUAGCGACCCGUCUUUCCCCUUUGGCUACAACAUGACGCAGUUCAACCUCUGCCUGGACGUUUCCGUUCUAAAAGAUAACCUCUAUACUAUCUGCCAAAAAGUGGAUGAUGAUGACUUCCAGAAAAUCAUUCUGAAGAAGCUCAACCAGGCAUUCCCAUCUGGAGUUCCUGAUCAGGAAGUACAGAUGCUUGCUUCAGUCUCUCGCUCAGCAACACUUGAUGACAUCUCUAAGUGGAACAUCACUGAACUGGAUACCUUGGCAGCUCUGAUGAAACCUGAAGAUGGAACAUGGGAGACGGCACAGAGCAAAGCAAUCAUCACCAAGUACCUGAAUACCUCUGGAAAUUCACUGGGCAGCAGUGAACUGAACAUUAUUGACUCCAACCUGUGCUCACUGGACACCAGCACGUUACAGACCAUCACAGCAGACAGUAUCAGAAAUACCAAGCGUCUAGAUGUGGCAUCAUGUUCAACUGAGCAGAAGAGAGUCCUCUACGAGAUCAGCAACACCUCCUUCAGCGUCCAUCGUGAUAAUCCGAUUAACUUUUUUAACCUGGUUAAAGGCUAUCUAGGUGGAGCAUCUCUGGUUGAUAUAAUAUCUUUGUCAAAACAAAAUAUAAGCAUGGAUGUGAAAACCUUCAUGAAACUAAACAUCAGUGUUAUAACUGAUUUAACUGUUUCCAACGUCCAGAAACUCAUGGGGGAACAUUUACCGGACCUAAAGUUGUUUGAGAACGACACUGUGAUUCAGAUGUGGGUAAACUUGCAACAACAGUCGGAUCUAGACAGAAUGGGUAUUGGUCUAUCUACCAACAGCACGAUCCCUCCAACUACAAUGCCCACCCAGGAAACUAGUUUAACAAGUACUGGUACUGCAACUGGAACACGUUCUGACACACAAACAAAAACAUCCCUAACCACUUCUGACAUACCAGCACUUACUACCACAUACAGUUCAGCCAUUCAUACUGUAAGCAGCUCAUGGAGGACAACUAACACUGUAACCAGUGCUGGAACAUCAACAGGUAAUUCUGUGGCUACUGUUGGAACAACAACCGUGAGUGCUGAGUCUCCUCCUUUCACAACAAGACCAAAAGUUUCAAGUAGUACUGGAACUUCAACACAAGAUGCUGGAACAAUCACAAUGUUAGAAACAACUGUUGGAACGAGUUCCUUGAUAUCAAACCCUAAACCUGAAACAAGUGCUAGAACUUCAACAGGAGAUGCUUUGGCCAGUGCUAUGACAACAGACUCCGAAAACGGUGUUCUCACAGCAACAACAAACUUAGCAAGUGCUUCAACAUCAUCAUCAACAGGUGGUCCAACUGAUUCUUUGACAUCUCCAGAUUCUGAAACUACAACUAGCACAACAAUGCCUUUUCCUACAACCAGUUCUGGAACAAUGAUGGCAGAAGAUACAACUACUAGUGGGACGUCAACAACUACUGCAGCAACAAGCAGAGAGACACUGACCAGUGUUGAAAUCAGUGUUAGCACUGCAAGAAAGCAUACAUUAGCCAGUACCAGUACAGAACUAUCAAACACUGCAACCAGCCCUGUUACCCCAGAGCCUCCAACUGAAGGCAAGAACAGUACAACAUCAACACCAGAUGCCACAACAACCCCUGAGACAGCAACAGCAGAUGUUUCACUUGGUACAUCAACAAAAAGCCUCACUGACUCUGAAACGCCAACAUUUGCUACCACAACCAAAUCUGUGUCAGCAACAAUUAAUACUGGGAGCAGCUCAUGGAGGACAACUAACACUGCAACAAGUGCUAGAACUUCAACAGGAGAUGCUUUGGCCAGUGCUAUGACAACAGUAGACUCCGAAAACAGUGUUCUCACAGCAACAACAAACUUAGCAAGUGCUGCAACAUCAUCAUCAACAGGUGGUCCAACUGAUUCUUUGACAUCUUCAGAUUCUGAAUCUACCACUAGCACAACAAUGCCUUUUCCUACAACCAGUUCUGGAACAAUGAUGCCAAUAGGUACAACUACGAGUGGGACGUCAACAACAACUGCAGCCACAGGAAGUGAGACUCAGACCACUCUCACAAUCAGUGCUACCACAACAACAAAACAAACUUUAAACAGUUCAGAACUAUCAAACACUGCAACCAGCCCUGUUACCCCAGAGCCUCCAACUGAAGGCAAGAGCAGUACAACAUCAACACCAGAUGCCACAACAACCCCUGAGACAGCAACAGCAGAUGUUUCACUUGGUACAUCAACAAAAAGCCUCACUGACUCUGGAAUGCCAACAUUUGCUACCACAACCAAAUCUGUGUCAGCAACAAUUAAUACUGGGAGCAGCUCAUGGAGGACAACUAACACUGCAACAAGUGCUAGAACUUCAACAGGAGAUGCUUUGGCCAGUGCUAUGACAACAGUAGACUCCAAAAACAGUGUUCUCACAGCAACAACAAACUUAGCAAGUGCUGCAACAUCAUCAUCAACAGGUGGUCCAACUGAUUCUUUGACAUCUCCAGAUUCUGAAUCUACCACUAGCACAACAAUGCCUUCUCCUACAACCAGUUCUGGAACAAUGAUGCCAAUAGGUACAACUACGAGUGGGACGUCAACAACAACUGCAGCCACAGGAAGUGAGACUCAGACCACUCUCACAAUCAGUGCUACCACAACAACAAAAAAAUCUUUAACCAGUACCAGUUCAGAACUAUCAAACAUUGCAACCAGCCCUGUUACCCCAGAGCCUCCAACUGAAGGCAAGAGCAGUACAACAUCAACACCAGAUGCCACAACAACCCCUGAGACAGCAACGGCAGAUGUUUCACUUGGUACAUCAACAAAAAGCCUCACUGACUCUGAAACGCCAACAUUUGCUACCACAACUAAAUCUGUGUCAGCAACAAUUAAUAAUGUAAGCAGCUCAUGGAGGACAACUAACACUGCAACCGAUGCUGGAACAUCAACAGGUAAUUCUGUGGCUACUGUUGGAACAACAACCGUGAGUGCUGAGUCUCCUCCUUUCACAACAAGACCAAAAGUUUCAAGUAGUACUGGAACUUCAACACAAGAUGCUGGAACAAUCACAAUGUUAGAAACAACUGUUGGAACGAGUUCCUUGAUAUCAAACCCUAAACCUGAAACAAGUGCUAGAACUUCAACAGGAGAUGCUUUGGCCAGUGCUAUGACAACAGACUCCGAAAACGGUGUUCUCACAGCAACAACAAACUUAGCAAGUGCUGCAACAUCAUCAUCAACAGGUGGUCCAACUGAUUCUUUGACAUCUCCAGAUUCUGAAACUACAACUAGCACAACAAUGCCUUUUCCUACAACCAGUUCUGGAACAAUGAUGGCAGAAGAUACAACUACUAGUGGGACGUCAACAACUACUGAAGCAACAAGCAGAGAGACACUGACCAGUGUUGAAAUCAGUGUUAGCACUGCAAGAAAGCAUACAUUAGCCAGUACCAGUACAGAACUAUCAAACACUGCAACCAGCCCUGUUACCCCAGAGCCUCUAACUGAAGGCAAGAGCAGUACAACAUCAACACCAGAUGCCAAAACAACCUCUGAGACAGCAACGGCAGAUGUUUCACUUGGUACACCAACAAAAAGCCUCACUGACUCUGAAACGCCAACCUUAGGUACCAGUAACAGUCCUGGGUCAGCAUUAUCAUCUCCUGGCACUACUACUGUGACCCAGUCUUCCAACUACACACAGAACCUGACAUUGGCCUUUCUUGAGGCUGUGCUGGAUAAAAAUUUCUCCAUGUCGGCUGUUAGUGAUGAGGAUUUCCUGCUAUGGCUUAGGCUGCAACUCAGACCUUUGCUGGUCAAUCUCUCUCCAGCUAUGGUUAUUCACCUCUUUGGUAUUGUGAAAAACAGGAGCUGCAACAGCAGCCAAGAGAUGAUUUCAGUGCUUGAAACUGUGCAGAUGACACUCAGCGACGAAACCAAGGCAGAGAUCUACAAAAAUAUGAUCCUCUUCCUCCAAGAUCAAACGCCACUAAAGUGUUACAGUGGUGGAAGCUUCUACAUCUUCCUGAAGAACAACUUCCUCAGCUUUGGCUUUCCUGAUGUCCCGUCAUUCAUCUCUCUUCUUCCACCAACACGCAAAUCAGAGCUCCUAAAUACCAUUAGCACCUCAGAACUGCGUCAGUUCCUCAUUCAGCCUGGCGCAAUCAGUAACAGUUCAGGCAUCUGCAUCAUCUUCAGCAACUACAACAACACUCCUUCCUUCCUAGAAAACGAGGACGUCCCAGAUGAUGUGAGGAGGAUCAUCCUUCCCUGUGUUUGGCCUUUGGCUCUGAGCAGCAACAGAAGAUCUGAGGUUGAUCUGUGGUUUAACGUACGUUUGAGGAACUAUCUGAGGUUCCUCACCAAGGAUCUCAUCAGCUUCAACAAAGUGCAGAAUGCCUCGUGUCUCGCCUUCCAAAAACUGGUGUUUUUUAUGGGGAAAAUCUUCACAUACACCAGUUCUGAGUUUGGACAGGAAGAUGUGUACACAACCAUCAGGAGUUUCCUGAGAGUCGGUUCUGGAGCCAGAUGCUACGAUCCCAGAGAUCCAGAGCUGAGUUCUACCUCCUGGUUUGUCAGCUACAUUGGCAGCUUUGUUACAUUUAUCACUUUGGAUGAUCUCACCAGCUUUAUCUCCACCUCUCAGCUGGAGAUAUUCCUGGAGGAUUACUCUAACCUGGAACUCUUCAACAACACAGCCAUCUCUAAAUACGUAACAGACUACUACAUCACCCAGCUCUAUGCAUUCAAGCCGAACUUCAGUCUAUUCAAGCUUCCAGGCUCUUUAUUAUGUUCCUCUGACAUCCCAAGCUCAGUAUUUUCCUCUCUUACUGAAUCUGAGACGAUGGUCAUCUUGGAAAAACUGAAGACAUUCUGUAAUGGGACAGAAGAUCCUGAGGUAUCUGCAGCUCUGACAUCCACCAUCAAGACCUUCACAAAGGAAACCUUUGAAGAACUUGGCAACGCCUCUUCAGCACUGACCAAAGAUCAGAUCCUUACAGUGCCAUCUUCUGUGCUGGUUUCCUCUUUGCCCACCCUGGGCUCUGUGAAAAACUGGGGCCAGGACCGGGCCACCACUGUCAUCCAGUCCAUCACCUCCUCAGGAUUUCAGGUCAACAGCGCAGCCUCUCUGGAGUCCCUGGGAACUCUUGUUGUUGGACUUCACUCAGAGUCAAUUCAAAAGAUCUCAGCUUCUGAAAUACUCAGCGCCUCCCAGAGGCCCAACGUCGUUUCCAACAUGCUGGAAGCCUCAAAGGUUGUCCAGGAGACUUUUGUCAGAAAGAUCAUUUCUGUGGACGCAAAUCCAGUUAAAUUGGUGGAGAAUGUCCCUGAUGUCCUAGCAAGUGAGAUCCCAUCUUCACUGCUGGUAUUUUCGGAGAGCACAGUCAACAUCAGCAUGAUGAACAAAAAGACGUGGACUCCAGAUCAGUCCGCCAUGUUUAUUUGGACAUUGGGUGAAUCAGGCUUUGACAUCGAACAGCUUUCGCCGUCUGUGCUGCAAGGCUUCAGUUGUUCAUCGGUUCAGAAAAUGUCUAAAGCCAAAAUCAAGCAGAUGAUUCGUGCCUGUCGACCGAGGAAAGGCAGAGCCAAGGUGGACCUGGAGGAACCUCAACUGACCUGCAUGUACAACCUGAUCCGUGACGACCUCUCUCAGAACUUCACAGAUUAUCCUCCAGACAUGCUUCUCUACUUGGAUAUUCAAGAUGUCCAGAAAGCAAACUGCAGGCCCUACUUUUCUGCCCUGGGUGCCGCAGACUUUUCUGUGGCCUCCAGCAUCUUGAACAAGGGCCCACAGAAGUUCAGGGAAGCUAGAGACUGCUUGGGGAUCAGUGGCGACAGCCUGAGCAGAGACAAUGUGGAGGUCCUGGGGAACAUGGUCUGCACUCUGGAUAGAUCCGACAUUGAGAAUUCAGAUCCUCUCAUCCUGGAAAAUCUCAAAGCCUGCAAAGACCUCUCUGCCAGCCAGGUGGCUGCUAUGGAAACACUGCUGCUGUCUGGGAAAACACAAUACGGAUAUGUAACCAACUGGGACCAGCAAACACUGGAGGAUCUCAAGAUACUUCCCUUUUACUUUACAAGAACCUUCUGGGACCGGUUUACAAUUUCAAUGAAGAGGAAAUUCCUUAAGGGUUUUCUUCCAGACAUAAGGAAACAAAAUCCACACAAGAACAAGCUGAAGUACCUCUUCAAACAGAUCAGCCCAGUUUUAGUAAAACCAGGAGAAGGAUGCACUGAGGGCAACAUCACCCAGGUGACUGUUAGCGACCCGUCUUUCCCCUUUGGCUACAACAUGACGCAGUUCAACCUCUGCCUGGACGUUUCCGUUCUAAAAGAUAACCUCUAUACUAUCUGCCAAAAAGUGGAUGAUGAUGACUUCCAGAAAAUCAUUCUGAAGAAGCUCAACCAGGCAUUCCCAUCUGGAGUUCCUGAUCAGGAAGUACAGAUGCUUGCUUCAGUCUCUCGCUCAGCAACACUUGAUGACAUCUCUAAGUGGAACAUCACUGAACUGGAUACCUUGGCAGCUCUGAUGAAACCUGAAGAUGGAACAUGGGAGACGGCACAGAGCAAAGCAAUCAUCACCAAGUACCUGAAUACCUCUGGAAAUUCACUGGGCAGCAGUGAACUGAACAUUAUUGACUCCAACCUGUGCUCACUGGACACCAGCACGUUACAGACCAUCACAGCAGACAGUAUCAGAAAUACCAAGCGUCUAGAUGUGGCAUCAUGUUCAACUGAGCAGAAGAGAGUCCUCUACGAGAUCAGCAACACCUCCUUCAGCGUCCAUCGUGAUAAUCCGAUUAACUUUUUUAACCUGGUUAAAGGCUAUCUAGGUGGAGCAUCUCUGGUUGAUAUAAUAUCUUUGUCAAAACAAAAUAUAAGCAUGGAUGUGAAAACCUUCAUGAAACUAAACAUCAGUGUUAUAACUGAUUUAACUGUUUCCAACGUCCAGAAACUCAUGGGGGAACAUUUACCGGACCUAAAGUUGUUUGAGAACGACACUGUGAUUCAGAUGUGGGUAAACUUGCAACAACAGUCGGAUCUAGACAGAAUGGGUAUUGGUCUAUCUACCAACAGCACGAUCCCUCCAACUACAAUGCCCACCCAGGAAACUAGUUUAACAAGUACUGGAACUGCAACUGGAACACGUUCUGACACACAAACAAAAACAUCCCUAACCACUUCUGACAUACCAGCACUUACUACCACAUACAGUUCAGCCAUUCAUACUGUAAGCAGCUCAUGGAGGACAACUAACACUGCAACCGAUGCUGGAACAUCAACAGGUAAUUCUGUGGCUACUGUUGGAACAACAACCGUGAGUGCUGAGUCUCCUCCUUUCACAACAAGACCAAAAGUUUCAAGUAGUACUGGAACUUCAACACAAGAUGCUGGAACAAUCACAAUGUUAGAAACAACUGUUGGAACGAGUUCCUUGAUAUCAAACCCUAAACCUGAAACAAGUGCUAGAACUUCAACAGGAAAUGCUUUGGCCAGUGCUAUGACAACAGUAGACUCCGAAAACAGUGUUCUCACAGCAACAACAAACUUAGCAAGUGCUGCAACAUCAUCAUCAACAGGUGGUCCAACUGAUUCUUUGACAUCUUCAGAUUCUGAAUCUACCACUAGCACAACAAUGCCUUUUCCUACAACCAGUUCUGGAACAAUGAUGCCAAUAGGUACAACUACGAGUGGGACGUCAACAACAACUGCAGCCACAGGAAGUGAGACUCAGACCACUCUCACAAUCAGUGCUACCACAACAACAAAACAAACUUUAACCAGUUCAGAACUAUCAAACACUGCAACCAGCCCUGUUACCCCAGAGCCUCUAACUGAAGGCAAGAGCAGUACAACAUCAACACCAGAUGCCAAAACAACCUCUGAGACAGCAACGGCAGAUGUUUCACUUGGUACACCAACAAAAAGCCUCACUGACUCUGAAACGCCAACCUUAGGUACCAGUAACAGUCCUGGGUCAGCAUUAUCAUCUCCUGGCACUACUACUGUGACCCAGUCUUCCAACUACACACAGAACCUGACAUUGGCCUUUCUUGAGGCUGUGCUGGAUAAAAAUUUCUCCAUGUCGGCUGUUAGUGAUGAGGAUUUCCUGCUAUGGCUUAGGCUGCAACUCAGACCUUUGCUGGUCAAUCUCUCUCCAGCUAUGGUUAUUCACCUCUUUGGUAUUGUGAAAAACAGGAGCUGCAACAGCAGCCAAGAGAUGAUUUCAGUGCUUGAAACUGUGCAGAUGACACUCAGCGACGAAACCAAGGCAGAGAUCUACAAAAAUAUGAUCCUCUUCCUCCAAGAUCAAACGCCACUAAAGUGUUACAGUGGUGGAAGCUUCUACAUCUUCCUGAAGAACAACUUCCUCAGCUUUGGCUUUCCUGAUGUCCCGUCAUUCAUCUCUCUUCUUCCACCAACACGCAAAUCAGAGCUCCUAAAUACCAUUAGCACCUCAGAACUGCGUCAGUUCCUCAUUCAGCCUGGCGCAAUCAGUAACAGUUCAGGCAUCUGCAUCAUCUUCAGCAACUACAACAACACUCCUUCCUUCCUAGAAAACGAGGACGUCCCAGAUGAUGUGAGGAGGAUCAUCCUUCCCUGUGUUUGGCCUUUGGCUCUGAGCAGCAACAGAAGAUCUGAGGUUGAUCUGUGGUUUAACGUACGUUUGAGGAACUAUCUGAGGUUCCUCACCAAGGAUCUCAUCAGCUUCAACAAAGUGCAGAAUGCCUCGUGUCUCGCCUUCCAAAAACUGGUGUUUUUUAUGGGGAAAAUCUUCACAUACACCAGUUCUGAGUUUGGACAGGAAGAUGUGUACACAACCAUCAGGAGUUUCCUGAGAGUCGGUUCUGGAGCCAGAUGCUACGAUCCCAGAGAUCCAGAGCUGAGUUCUACCUCCUGGUUUGUCAGCUACAUUGGCAGCUUUGUUACAUUUAUCACUUUGGAUGAUCUCACCAGCUUUAUCUCCACCUCUCAGCUGGAGAUAUUCCUGGAGGAUUACUCUAACCUGGAACUCUUCAACAACACAGCCAUCUCUAAAUACGUAACAGACUACUACAUCACCCAGCUCUAUGCAUUCAAGCCGAACUUCAGUCUAUUCAAGCUUCCAGGCUCUUUAUUAUGUUCCUCUGACAUCCCAAGCUCAGUAUUUUCCUCUCUUACUGAAUCUGAGACGAUGGUCAUCUUGGAAAAACUGAAGACAUUCUGUAAUGGGACAGAAGAUCCUGAGGUAUCUGCAGCUCUGACAUCCACCAUCAAGACCUUCACAAAGGAAACCUUUGAAGAACUUGGCAACGCCUCUUCAGCACUGACCAAAGAUCAGAUCCUUACAGUGCCAUCUUCUGUGCUGGUUUCCUCUUUGCCCACCCUGGGCUCUGUGAAAAACUGGGGCCAGGACCGGGCCACCACUGUCAUCCAGUCCAUCACCUCCUCAGGAUUUCAGGUCAACAGCGCAGCCUCUCUGGAGUCCCUGGGAACUCUUGUUGUUGGACUUCACUCAGAGUCAAUUCAAAAGAUCUCAGCUUCUGAAAUACUCAGCGCCUCCCAGAGGCCCAACGUCGUUUCCAACAUGCUGGAAGCCUCAAAGGUUGUCCAGGAGACUUUUGUCAGAAAGAUCAUUUCUGUGGACGCAAAUCCAGUUAAAUUGGUGGAGAAUGUCCCUGAUGUCCUAGCAAGUGAGAUCCCAUCUUCACUGCUGGUAUUUUCGGAGAGCACAGUCAACAUCAGCAUGAUGAACAAAAAGACGUGGACUCCAGAUCAGUCCGCCAUGUUUAUUUGGACAUUGGGUGAAUCAGGCUUUGACAUCGAACAGCUUUCGCCGUCUGUGCUGCAAGGCUUCAGUUGUUCAUCGGUUCAGAAAAUGUCUAAAGCCAAAAUCAAGCAGAUGAUUCGUGCCUGUCGACCGAGGAAAGGCAGAGCCAAGGUGGACCUGGAGGAACCUCAACUGACCUGCAUGUACAACCUGAUCCGUGACGACCUCUCUCAGAACUUCACAGAUUAUCCUCCAGACAUGCUUCUCUACUUGGAUAUUCAAGAUGUCCAGAAAGCAAACUGCAGGCCCUACUUUUCUGCCCUGGGUGCCGCAGACUUUUCUGUGGCCUCCAGCAUCUUGAACAAGGGCCCACAGAAGUUCAGGGAAGCUAGAGACUGCUUGGGGAUCAGUGGCGACAGCCUGAGCAGAGACAAUGUGGAGGUCCUGGGGAACAUGGUCUGCACUCUGGAUAGAUCCGACAUUGAGAAUUCAGAUCCUCUCAUCCUGGAAAAUCUCAAAGCCUGCAAAGACCUCUCUGCCAGCCAGGUGGCUGCUAUGGAAACACUGCUGCUGUCUGGGAAAACACAAUACGGAUAUGUAACCAACUGGGACCAGCAAACACUGGAGGAUCUCAAGAUACUUCCCUUUUACUUUACAAGAACCUUCUGGGACCGGUUUACAAUUUCAAUGAAGAGGAAAUUCCUUAAGGGUUUUCUUCCAGACAUAAGGAAACAAAAUCCACACAAGAACAAGCUGAAGUACCUCUUCAAACAGAUCAGCCCAGUUUUAGUAAAACCAGGAGAAGGAUGCACUGAGGGCAACAUCACCCAGGUGACUGUUAGCGACCCGUCUUUCCCCUUUGGCUACAACAUGACGCAGUUCAACCUCUGCCUGGACGUUUCCGUUCUAAAAGAUAACCUCUAUACUAUCUGCCAAAAAGUGGAUGAUGAUGACUUCCAGAAAAUCAUUCUGAAGAAGCUCAACCAGGCAUUCCCAUCUGGAGUUCCUGAUCAGGAAGUACAGAUGCUUGCUUCAGUCUCUCGCUCAGCAACACUUGAUGACAUCUCUAAGUGGAACAUCACUGAACUGGAUACCUUGGCAGCUCUGAUGAAACCUGAAGAUGGAACAUGGGAGACGGCACAGAGCAAAGCAAUCAUCACCAAGUACCUGAAUACCUCUGGAAAUUCACUGGGCAGCAGUGAACUGAACAUUAUUGACUCCAACCUGUGCUCACUGGACACCAGCACGUUACAGACCAUCACAGCAGACAGUAUCAGAAAUACCAAGCGUCUAGAUGUGGCAUCAUGUUCAACUGAGCAGAAGAGAGUCCUCUACGAGAUCAGCAACACCUCCUUCAGCGUCCAUCGUGAUAAUCCGAUUAACUUUUUUAACCUGGUUAAAGGCUAUCUAGGUGGAGCAUCUCUGGUUGAUAUAAUAUCUUUGUCAAAACAAAAUAUAAGCAUGGAUGUGAAAACCUUCAUGAAACUAAACAUCAGUGUUAUAACUGAUUUAACUGUUUCCAACGUCCAGAAACUCAUGGGGGAACAUUUACCGGACCUAAAGUUGUUUGAGAACGACACUGUGAUUCAGAUGUGGGUAAACUUGCAACAACAGUCGGAUCUAGACAGAAUGGGUAUUGGUCUAUCUACCAACAGCACGAUCCCUCCAACUACAAUGCCCACCCAGGAAACUAGUUUAACAAGUACUGGAACUGCAACUGGAACACGUUCUGACACACAAACAAAAACAUCCCUAACCACUUCUGACAUACCAGCACUUACUACCACAUACAGUUCAGCCAUUCAUACUGUAAGCAGCUCAUGGAGGACAACUAACACUGCAACCGAUGCUGGAACAUCAACAGGUAAUUCUGUGGCUACUGUUGGAACAACAACCGUGAGUGCUGAGUCUCCUCCUUUCACAACAAGACCAAAAGUUUCAAGUAGUACUGGAACUUCAACACAAGAUGCUGGAACAAUCACAAUGUUAGAAACAACUGUUGGAACGAGUUCCUUGAUAUCAAACCCUAAACCUGAAACAAGUGCUAGAACUUCAACAGGAGAUGCUUUGGCCAGUGCUAUGACAACAGACUCCGAAAACGGUGUUCUCACAGCAACAACAAACUUAGCAAGUGCUUCAACAUCAUCAUCAACAGGUGGUCCAACUGAUUCUUUGACAUCUCCAGAUUCUGAAACUACAACUAGCACAACAAUGCCUUUUCCUACAACCAGUUCUGGAACAAUGAUGGCAGAAGAUACAACUACUAGUGGGACGUCAACAACUACUGAAGCAACAAGCAGAGAGACACUGACCAGUGUUGAAAUCAGUGUUAGCACUGCAAGAAAGCAUACAUUAGCCAGUACCAGUACAGAACUAUCAAACACUGCAACCAGCCCUGUUACCCCAGAGCCUCCAACUGAAGGCAAGAGCAGUACAACAUCAACACCAGAUGCCACAACAACCCCUGAGACAGCAACAGCAGAUGUUUCACUUGGUACAUCAACAAAAAGCCUCACUGACUCUGAAACGCCAACAUUUGCUACCACAACCAAAUCUGUGUCAGCAACAAUUAAUACUGGGAGCAGCUCAUGGAGGACAACUAACACUGCAACAAGUGCUAGAACUUCAACAGGAGAUGCUUUGGCCAGUGCUAUGACAACAGUAGACUCCGAAAACAGUGUUCUCACAGCAACAACAAACUUAGCAAGUGCUGCAACAUCAUCAUCAACAGGUGGUCCAACUGAUUCUUUGACAUCUUCAGAUUCUGAAUCUACCACUAGCACAACAAUGCCUUUUCCUACAACCAGUUCUGGAACAAUGAUGCCAAUAGGUACAACUACGAGUGGGACGUCAACAACAACUGCAGCCACAGGAAGUGAGACUCAGACCACUCUCACAAUCAGUGCUACCACAACAACAAAACAAACUUUAACCAGUUCAGAACUAUCAAACACUGCAACCAGCCCUGUUACCCCAGAGCCUCCAACUGAAGGCAAGAGCAGUACAACAUCAACACCAGAUGCCACAACAACCCCUGAGACAGCAACAGCAGAUGUUUCACUUGGUACAUCAACAAAAAGCCUCACUGACUCUGGAAUGCCAACAUUUGCUACCACAACCAAAUCUGUGUCGGCAACAAUUAAUACUGGGAGCAGCUCAUGGAGGACAACUAACACUGCAACAAGUGCUAGAACUUCAACAGGAGAUGCUUUGGCCAGUGCUAUGACAACAGUAGACUCCAAAAACAGUGUUCUCACAGCAACAACAAACUUAGCAAGUGCUGCAACAUCAUCAUCAACAGGUGGUCCAACUGAUUCUUUGACAUCUCCAGAUUCUGAAUCUACCACUAGCACAACAAUGCCUUCUCCUACAACCAGUUCUGGAACAAUGAUGCCAAUAGGUACAACUACGAGUGGGACGUCAACAACAACUGCAGCCACAGGAAGUGAGACUCAGACCACUCUCACAAUCAGUGCUACCACAACAACAAAAAAAUCUUUAACCAGUACCAGUUCAGAACUAUCAAACAUUGCAACCAGCCCUGUUACCCCAGAGCCUCCAACUGAAGGCAAGAGCAGUACAACAUCAACACCAGAUGCCACAACAACCCCUGAGACAGCAACGGCAGAUGUUUCACUUGGUACAUCAACAAAAAGCCUCACUGACUCUGAAACGCCAACAUUUGCUACCACAACUAAAUCUGUGUCAGCAACAAUUAAUAAUGUAAGCAGCUCAUGGAGGACAACUAACACUGCAACCGAUGCUGGAACAUCAACAGGUAAUUCUGUGGCUACUGUUGGAACAACAACCGUGAGUGCUGAGUCUCCUCCUUUCACAACAAGACCAAAAGUUUCAAGUAGUACUGGAACUUCAACACAAGAUGCUGGAACAAUCACAAUGUUAGAAACAACUGUUGGAACGAGUUCCUUGAUAUCAAACCCUAAACCUGAAACAAGUGCUAGAACUUCAACAGGAGAUGCUUUGGCCAGUGCUAUGACAACAGACUCCGAAAACGGUGUUCUCACAGCAACAACAAACUUAGCAAGUGCUUCAACAUCAUCAUCAACAGGUGGUCCAACUGAUUCUUUGACAUCUCCAGAUUCUGAAACUACAACUAGCACAACAAUGCCUUUUCCUACAACCAGUUCUGGAACAAUGAUGGCAGAAGAUACAACUACUAGUGGGACGUCAACAACUACUGCAGCAACAAGCAGAGAGACACUGACCAGUGUUGAAAUCAGUGUUAGCACUGCAAGAAAGCAUACAUUAGCCACUACCAGUACAGAACUAUCAAACACUGCAACCAGCCCUGUUACCCCAGAGCCUCCAACUGAAGGCAAGAGCAGUACAACAUCAACACCAGAUGCCACAACAACCCCUGAGACAGCAACAGCAGAUGUUUCACUUGGUACAUCAACAAAAAUCCUCACUGACUCUGAAACGCCAACAUUUGCUACCACAACCAAAUCUGUGUCAGCAACAAUUAAUACUGGGAGCAGCUCAUGGAGGACAACUAACACUGCAACAAGUGCUAGAACUUCAACAGGAAAUGCUUUGGCCAGUGCUAUGACAACAGUAGACUCCGAAAACAGUGUUCUCACAGCAACAACAAACUUAGCAAGUGCUGCAACAUCAUCAUCAACAGGUGGUCCAACUGAUUCUUUGACAUCUUCAGAUUCUGAAUCUACCACUAGCACAACAAUGCCUUUUCCUACAACCAGUUCUGGAACAAUGAUGCCAAUAGGUACAACUACGAGUGGGACGUCAACAACAACUGCAGCCACAGGAAGUGAGACUCAGACCACUCUCACAAUCAGUGCUACCACAACAACAAAACAAACUUUAACCAGUUCAGAACUAUCAAACACUGCAACCAGCCCUGUUACCCCAGAGCCUCUAACUGAAGGCAAGAGCAGUACAACAUCAACACCAGAUGCCAAAACAACCUCUGAGACAGCAACGGCAGAUGUUUCACUUGGUACACCAACAAAAAGCCUCACUGACUCUGAAACGCCAACCUUAGGUACCAGUAACAGUCCUGGGUCAGCAUUAUCAUCUCCUGGCACUACUACUGUGACCCAGUCUUCCAACUACACACAGAACCUGACAUUGGCCUUUCUUGAGGCUGUGCUGGAUAAAAAUUUCUCCAUGUCGGCUGUUAGUGAUGAGGAUUUCCUGCUAUGGCUUAGGCUGCAACUCAGACCUUUGCUGGUCAAUCUCUCUCCAGCUAUGGUUAUUCACCUCUUUGGUAUUGUGAAAAACAGGAGCUGCAACAGCAGCCAAGAGAUGAUUUCAGUGCUUGAAACUGUGCAGAUGACACUCAGCGACGAAACCAAGGCAGAGAUCUACAAAAAUAUGAUCCUCUUCCUCCAAGAUCAAACGCCACUAAAGUGUUACAGUGGUGGAAGCUUCUACAUCUUCCUGAAGAACAACUUCCUCAGCUUUGGCUUUCCUGAUGUCCCGUCAUUCAUCUCUCUUCUUCCACCAACACGCAAAUCAGAGCUCCUAAAUACCAUUAGCACCUCAGAACUGCGUCAGUUCCUCAUUCAGCCUGGCGCAAUCAGUAACAGUUCAGGCAUCUGCAUCAUCUUCAGCAACUACAACAACACUCCUUCCUUCCUAGAAAACGAGGACGUCCCAGAUGAUGUGAGGAGGAUCAUCCUUCCCUGUGUUUGGCCUUUGGCUCUGAGCAGCAACAGAAGAUCUGAGGUUGAUCUGUGGUUUAACGUACGUUUGAGGAACUAUCUGAGGUUCCUCACCAAGGAUCUCAUCAGCUUCAACAAAGUGCAGAAUGCCUCGUGUCUCACCUUCCAAAAACUGGUGUCUUUCAUGGGAAAGAACUUCACCUUCACCAGUUCAGACUUUGGACAGCCAGAUGUGUACACCACCAUCAGAAGCUACCUUGGUGCUGAAUCUGUGGCCAGAUGCUACAACGCCACAGACCCAGAUCUGAACUCCACCUCCUGGUUUGUCAACUACAUCGGCAGCUUUGUGAUAUUUAUCACUCUGGAUGAUUUCAAAAACUUUGUCAACACCUCUCAGCUGAUUGUGUUCUUGGAGGAUAAAGCUAAUCUGGAGCUCUUUAACAACGCAGCGAUCCCACAAGAUGUAACAGACUACUACAUCUUGCAGCUUUAUGAGUUCUACCCAUCCUUUGGACUCAUGAUGCUCCCAGGCUCUUUACUCUGCUCGCCUGACAUCCCAAGCUCCUUAUUUACUUCUCUUAGUGAGAACGAUACGAUGGCCAUCUUGGACAAGCUGAAGACAUUCUGCAACAGCACAGAGAAUCCUGAGAGAUCUGCAGCUCUGGCGUCCAACAUCAAGGUCUUCACAGCGCAAACGUUUGAAGACCUUGGAAAUGCGUCUUCUGGCCUGACAAACAGCCAGAUCCUGUCUGUGUCGUCUGAGGUGCUGGUUUUGUCUUUGUCCAUCCUGAGCUCAGUGAACACCUGGGGACAGGACCAGGCCAGCAACAUCAUCCACCGCAUCACCUCCUCAAGCUUUCAGAUCAACAGUGCAGCCUCUCUGGAGUCUCUGGGGACUCUUAUCAUUGGAGUUCCUUCAAAGUCAAUCAACAAUAUCUCAGCUUCUGAAGUACUCAGUGCGUCCAAGAACCCAACGCUUGUUUCCAACAUGCUGGAAGCCCCGAAGGUUGUCCAGGAGGCUUUUGUCAAAAAGAUCAUUUCUGUGGACUCCAGUCCAGCCAAAGUGGUGGAGAACGUCCCUGAUGCCUUAGCAACGGAGAUCCCACCCUCCCUGCUGCUGUUUCCUGAGGGAACAGCCAACAUCACUGCGAUAAACAAGAAGAUGUGGACCGCAGAUCAGGCCACCAUGUUUUUUGCGACGCUGGCUGAGGCAGAUUUUGACACUGAGCAACUUUCUCCAUUUGUGCUGCAAGGCUUCACAUGCGGCACGGUUAAGAAAAUGAGUAAAGCCCAAAUCAGUCAGUUGAUCCACGCCUGCAGGCCGAGGAAAGGCAGGGCUAAGGUGGAGCUGAAGGAACCUCAGCUGACCUGCAUGUACAACCUGAUCCGUGACGACCUCUCUCAGAACUUCACAGAUUAUCCUCCAGACAUGCUUCUCUACUUGGACUCCAAAAAUGUCCAGAAAGCAAACUGCAGGUCCUACUUUUCUGCCCUGGGUGCCGCAGACUUUUCUGUGGCCUCCAGCAUCUUGAACAAGGGCCCACAGAAGUUCAGGGAAGCUAGAGACUGCUUGGGGAUCAGUGGCGACAGCCUGAGCAGAGACAAUGUGGAGGUCCUGGGGAACAUGGUCUGCACUCUGGAUAGAUCCGACAUUGAGAAUUCAGAUCCUCUCAUCCUGGAAAACCUCAAAGCCUGCAAAGACCUCUCUGCCAGCCAGGUGGCUGCUAUGGAAACACUGCUGCUGUCUGGGAAAACACAAUACGGAGCUGUAAACAGCUGGGACCAACAGACACUAGAGGGGCUGGGAACACUUCCUUUGUAUUUAACAAGAAACAUCUGGACACAUUUCACAGCUGCAACACAGAAAAGAUUCCUUAAGGGUUUCAUGCCUGACCUAAGGAUACAAAAAACACAGAAGUGGAAGCUCAAGAACCUGUUUUCACAGCUCACCCCUCCAGCAGCAAAACGAGAAGCAGGAUGCAGUGAGAGGAACAUCACCCAGGUGACCGUCAGUGACCCUUCCUUCCCCUUUGGCUACAAUCAGCUGCAGUUUCAACUCUGCCUGGACGUUCCCAUUCUGAAAGACAACCUCUACUCCAUCUGCCAGAAAGUGGAUGAUGAUGGUUAUAAAAGGAUCAUCCUCAAUAAACUCAACCAGGCAUUCCCAUCUGGAGUUCCUGAUCAGGAAGUACAGAUGCUUGCUUCAGUCUCUCGCUCAGCAACACUUGAUGACAUCUCUAAGUGGAACAUCACUGAACUGGAUACCUUGGCAGCUCUGAUGAAACCUGAAGAUGGAACAUGGGACACGGCACAGAGCAAAGCAAUCAUCACCAAGUACCUGAAUACCUCUGGAAAUUCACUGGGCAGCAGUGAACUGAACAUUAUUGACUCCAACCUGUGCUCACUGGACACCAGCACGUUACAGACCAUCACAGCAGACAGUAUCAGAAAUACCAAGCGUCUAGAUGUGGCAUCAUGUUCAACUGAGCAGAAGAGAGUCCUCUACGAGAUCAGCAACACCUCCUUCAGCGUCCAUCGUGAUAAUCCGAUUAACUUUUUUAACCUGGUUAAAGGCUAUCUAGGUGGAGCACCUCAAGCAGAUAUUGCAGCGUUAUCAAGACAGAACAUCAGCAUGGAUGUCAACACUUUCAGGAGUUUGGAUAUAAAUGUGAUAACUAAUCUGACUGUGGCCAACGUCCAAGGUCUGAUGGGUGAAAACCUACGAGAUCUCAAGCUGUUUGAGAAUGAUAUUGUGGUUCAGACCUGGGUGAACCUACAGCUACAGUCUGACCUGGACACACUAGGUUUGAAUCUAAUCACCACUAGGGCAGACCCAACAGUACCAACCGCUACAAACAGCACUGAGCCACAAGGAAACAGAAACAGUUCAAGUACAACCCCGGCCAGUACAGCAAUAUCAUCCCAAUCUGCAACCACCAGUGGUGUCCUGGAGUUCACAAAAUCACCAGUCUCUGUUCUCCUGACUGCUCUGCUCACAGCUGCUCUACGAAUAAUCCUACAACCAGCCUAAUUAUUGCACUGCUGCAAUAACUCAGGCAAUGCUUUCAUACAGCCUACAGUUAUUAUCACUAUUAGCUCUAUUAUUUACUCACAUGUACAAAAAAUACUUCAUCUCACCUUUUCGAUGUCUUUAUUAGCAUCAUGAAACUAAUCUAAGAAGAAUCAUUUAAAUCUUUACAUAACUAGUUGAUGGAAAUUAGGGGAAAAUUAAAAAGAACAUUCAUAUAAAGUGCUAAAUCAUGAUACAAUUAAUUGCAUUGGUUUUUAUCCUUCCAGAUGUAAUUCUUUUCUUCCUGUACUUUGUCCUGUACUUUAAACAUUAUCUAAAUAAAUAA